AUGGGGAAGCUGAAUGUGGUGGUAUUGCGAUACCUAUCUCGAGAAGACUUCCGGGUGCUUACGGCGGUUGAGAUGGGAAUGAAGAACCAUGAAAUUGUUCCAGUGAGUCUCAUCUCUUCUAUUGCCAGCCUUAAACACGGUGGCUGCAACAAGAUCCUCCGAGAACUGGUCAAGCACAAACUUGUUGUCUACGAACGCUGCAAAACCGUGCAGGGCUACAGGUUGAACUUUGGAGGAUAUGACUACCUAGCUCUUAAGACCUUGUCUUCCAGAGAUGUUAUAGCCUCAGUUGGAAACCAAAUGGGUGUCGGAAAAGAGUCAGAUAUUUAUAUUGUGGCAAAUUCAGAGGGGGAACAGUACGCUCUGAAGUUGCACAGAUUGGGUCGCACUUCUUUCCGUAACCUGAAAAAUAAGAGAGAUUACCACAAACACAGAAAGAACAUGUCUUGGCUCUACCUUUCUCGCCUCUCUGCAAUGAAGGAGUUUGCCUACAUGAAGGCACUCUAUGACCGAGGCUUCCCAGUUCCCAAGCCGGUGGACUACAACAGACACGCAGUAGUAAUGGAGCUCAUAAAUGGACAUCCACUAUGUCAGGUGCACGAGUUGCGAGAUCCACCCGCCCUGUACAGCGAGUUCAUGGAGCUCAUCGUCAAACUGGCCAAUUACGGCCUGAUUCAUGGAGACUUUAACGAGUUCAACUUGAUGCUUGAUGACCAGGACCACAUAACAAUGAUUGACUUCCCUCAGAUGGUAUCCACUUCGCAUCCUAACGCUGAAUGGUAUUUUGAUCGAGAUGUAAAAUGCAUAAGAGAUUUCUUUGCAAAGCGAUAUGGUUACGAGAGUGAGCUCUUCCCAACCUUCAAAGAUAUCAGACGCUCACAUUCUCUUGAUGUUGAGGUGUCAGCAAGUGGUUUCACCAAAGAGCUGGAGGAGGAUGCAGCAGUGUUCCAUCCAGCUGGACCUGAAGAAGAUGACGACGAAGAGGACAGUGACAAAGAGGAAACCGUCGAAGACAUCGAAACAGAAGAGCAAAGUGUGGAUGUGGCAGACUACAAUAAUGCAAUUCUGGAACUGGAGGGCCUGAAGGUCAGCAAGACAAAUGGUGCUAAAGAGGAGGUGGCUGAAAAGAGAAAAGAGGAUGAGACACAUUCUGAUGCGAAAAUCAUUGACGAGACAGUGAAUGACCUGGAGGAAGAGUUGGAGGAUGCGUUCCCUGAACUCUCAGACCUUUCUGCAUUGAACAAAGAGUUCAAACCUUUCAGAGACCCAGACAGCCUUCUCCAGAUGGCAGAGCACAGGAGGACGAGGGCAGACAGUGAGGCAACAGUGGGCAGCACAGGAAGCUGCUCAACCAUCCCACCAGAGUUGGUCCGUCAAAAGGUGCGGAGACAGCUCACCAAACAACAGAAGUCGGCACAGAGGAGACGUCUGCAGAAGGGAGAAGCCAGCUUGGUGACCAAAUCCAGACGGGAAAAUCAAAACAACAUUAAGUCUAGUUUGGAGAGUGCCACCUUCUGGGGAUGA